UAGUUAUAUAUUUUAUGCUCGCAGCGUUUAUGAUAUCAGAAGAAAACGGGAGGAACAUCAUGAGCUAUCACCUUGAAGGUAAGCUGUCAGUAUUUAGGAAAAUGAUGACAAGAAUACACAAGUAGCAGCUUGAAUCACGACCUUGAUUACUUGAAUAGAUUUCGGAACAAGUCAACGCUUCAUAAACUGUUCAUAAACCAACGGCAAGACUGUGAUUUCGCAAAAUUUCUUUCUCGUGCUUUAACAGAUCCCACAAAAAAAAAAAAAAGUUAGUAGAUAAAAGCACCUCGUAUACAUUGAACUUGAAGGUUCGUAAUGUUGUUAAGAAAGAGAAAUUAAAUCUUGCCGUUUGCUGUUCGCAUAAGCGUGAUCCAUCACUCUCACGCAACGUGCUAAGAAGCAAAGGCUGGGCGAUGAUGUCAUAGAAGAAUACGGAUCUUUUAUCAACAAAUUUAUUUAGCCUAUGUGCAGACGUGUAAACACUCGGACCCAAGCGUGGCGCCCACCCAUGUCAUCCAUGGGAAUGAAAGUUUUUUUAAAAAUUAGCAAUCCUCCUUGAUCAUAGAAAUUACUUCAAAAAUGUUCAAAGCCAAAGCGAAACCACCAGGCGCCACUUUCUUUCAACGUUGCGUACUAAGAACCAGCUUUCUUUUUCGGAGGAUUUUUCAUUCGCUUUUUCUUCCAUCUCCAAUAGUUCUUCUUCAAAAAUUUCUCCAAAUAUAACGAUGUUGAAAUUCGGAAACUCGUCACUGUCCAUAUUUCAAAAGUUUGAGGAGAAUUAUAUUUAAAUUUAACAAUAUGGGAUCUUGUAGAGAUAUAAUCCUUAGGGAAGCUACAUUGCUUAUAAUAUUCCACAGUUUUACAAUGUGAACAAAAUAUUAAGCUUGAAAAGUAUUGGUCUUAAGCGCCGGCAGGACAAUAACGUAGCAGCCUGACCGCAGCGGCAACAUGAAUGAUUGUUAAAGAUAACAUGAUGCAGUCGAACCUGUAUUCUGCGGCACCGUAUUAAGCGAUCACCCUGGAUUGAGCAAUCGGUUGUCAAAGUCGCGAAUUUUCCCCCUAAAUCACUGCGAUUUUCACCUCCAUCGAGCGGUAGUGGUCACCUUUGAGUGAGUCCUAACGGCCUGUUUGUAUGGUCUUCUACCUGUAUUCAACGGUUACUUAAAAUGGAACCGCUCAAAGAAAAUUAAUAGUAAUCUUUCAAGUAAAUUUAACCCAUGUUCCCCUACCGAGAUCAAUGUCAAAAGUAUUUGUAGGAGAGUUAUUGUGCUAAUACGAAGUCAUGAGCAAAAACGAAGUACAUGUUCGUUUCUACUCUAUUAUGCGGGUAAAAAAUGCUAACUUGAGCCUUUAUUACGAGCACAACAUCGGGGGAGCUCGGAUUUCGUAAUCGGAAAUCUACCCGAGAUGACCUCCUUUCGACCGAUAUCGGAGUACGCUUUCCGUUUCAUUUACGGUUUGUAUUUUUGGUGGUUUCGGCGAGAUAGCUUCAUGUCACGCCACAUGCAAGCUCGACGAUUCGCCACAACAUCGAAAUAUUUCGUGUAAUGCUAAGCAAUUUAAUCUUCAGAUAGAGCGUCUGAUGUUCUGCAAAGUUAUUCGACAUAACGCUACAUCAUUUGUGUGUACGCUGUACCAUUCUACAUUACGCUAAGCCAUUUCAUUCAACGCUACACCAUUUGUGUGUACGCUGUACCAUUCGACAUUACGCUGAGCCAUUUCACGCAGCGCUACACCAUUUGUGUGUACGCUGUACCAUUCUACAUUACGCUGAGCUAUUUCAUGCAACGCUACACCGUUUGUGCGUACGCUGUGCUACUCGACGUUACCCUGACCCAUUUGACGCAACGCAACACCGUUUGUGUGCUGUAUUGCAAAGGAGUGCUAAGCUAUUCGCAAUUGAGCUAGUCCAUUUCACAAUUUCAUGUUCCAACUCGACAUGGGCAACUGGACCGUUUAUCAUUUGGCUGAACUAUCCAUGUUUAGGGUGUUCUGCUUCACGAAGGAAAACUAAACCGUCUAUAAUUUGGCCAUGCCAUUCCUUUAUUAGCUAUUCUAUCCUGCAGCUGAUCUUUAGACCAGCUUUGUAUUUGCUAAUCUAUUUGACAUCCUUGUAUUUUUGGUGGUGACGGCCGCCCAUACAUUUAGUCUAUUUGAGGCCGUUCUCUGCUGCCGGGCAUUUAGCCACAGCCAAACUGAAGAAAGGAUACCGGAUAAAUUGAUUGAAAAACAACAAAAAAAUCAAAACUUCUACAAAUUAAAAAAUUCAAUUCGAAAAUUCUGAAAGUACAAUAUAUAUACAAUUAAACCACUAUUAUUAGAACAUAGUCAGCUUGGGUUUCUGCUUUGGCUCAAUUGACACCACUGUCUAAAGGCGAGUCAAUCUUUCAUCACGUGUAGCAUAAUAAAUAAGUAUGCGUGAAGCAUAAUAAAUGAGAGUCCUUACAAGACUCUAUAGGGUUGCGAACUUUAUCGCUGUAACCCUUUCACUCCCAAUAUCUAAUUAGUAAUUCUCCUUACUAUUUGCCCUACAAUUCUUAUGAUGUUAGUUCAGAGAAUUUGGUAUUGGAUCAACUAAUAAUCCCAUAAUUGAUAUUCUUCUCUAUUCUCAUCACCUACCUGCUUGAUAUUGUAUUGAUAUUGUAAGGAGAAAUUCUGUCUUGGUCACUUGUGGGAGUGAAAGGGUUAAACAUGCAUGUCUUUGAUUUGGCAGGGUGAGUAUGUUCUUGAGACAAAGUCUGCUGGACGAUUAGCACGAGAUCUUUCUGCUACUUUCUGGGUUUUACGUAAGAAACAAGGAGAUUUUAUUGAAAAAAGUUGUUGUGACCAAGCUUUAUUUACAUGGCUGGACGAUUGAAACUCGGUCGAUGGAAGCGUGAACGGUGGAAAAAGGAGUCAAAUGUGUCAAACAGCACACCUUCCACGCGCUCUGAAGGAAGUGGAACCAUCCAUGAAAUCAGUGGCGUGAGGUCAGUAUCUUUUAGCUGUCUGAAUCGUACCUCUCUAUCCGAUAUGUGUAACCCUGUGACAUCAAGUGUGCAUUCUUUCUGACCUCAGUGUGCGUGUUAGUGAAGUGUUUAAUUAUCUUUGAAUCAGAAACUCUGAGAAAACACAGCUGUUUAUUCGUCAUUCACGCUAUUCAAAACCUACAAGGUUAAAAGAUCAAGUCUCGCAAAAUAAGAGCUUGUUUGCAAUGCAAAUUUGUAGUCUAAGUAAUUAGAGGAGUGUGAGCCUGCCUCAAUUAUCAACUGAGUAUUCUAAACAAAAGAAAAAUGUUUAGAAAUUAGCGUCUUUGAAGGAAUCUUUUGCAGAGCAGGGAAGCAAAAAUGUCAUCAGAAGACACUAAUGAUAGCGAAGAACAACGAAAGCGUCUGCGAAAAUCAAGAAAACUUGGUCUUUGUCAAAAAUUGUCUAUUCCGGAUCGUGCAUCGUACUUAGAGGGGCAAACACCAUUUCAGCGGUAAGACCUAUAACAUGAGGAGAAGAAAUUGUCUAUAGGAAUAGAAAUUGACUGUAGUCAUUAAAGAAAUUUCGUGAUGUGAUUAAAAAAUAAUCGAUCAGAUCAAUUGCCGUUGUAUGUUUUUAAAUUUUAAUUCUUGGUACCCUAUUUCGUCGGCGGCACUUACACUGUUGAUCCACAAGCUUCAUCUCACCGUGGGAUAUUGAAAUUUAAACCAUGUUUGACAGUGUUUCAUUCUGUCGAGUCAAUGACCACAAUUGUAAUCAUUCUUUUUCCUGCUUGAAAUUUCGUUUUGGCUCAUUUAAUUGGGCCGCUUUCGUGUGAUUACACUACUCAAGUUGAAUACAUUGUUACAUGCGAUACGUAAACAAUAUUUCACUCAUGUUGUGUUUAACAUUUGUUAUGUGAAACAUAAUUGAGAGAGAAGAAUGUAAUAUGGUUAUUACUUUCCUAAAAUUGAUUUCAACUAAAGUUUUUAUUUUUUUACCUUGAAAGAUCAGGUGACAGCUUGCCUUUAACUGACUUCUGUUCAUUGCUUCACUUGAUAUUUUUUUGGAUACAAUUAACAUUUAUCAUGCAUUGUUAAUUUACCUUUACAGUUUUUGUUACAUAAUCAGCAAAAUAUCUCAUUCCUAAUUGGUCAAAUGUGUCAAAGAGUGCAGUAAGGGAUUUCUCUACUACACCUCUUUAAAAUUGAAGCUGUUAACAAUAAAGAUGAUUGCUUAACUCUGAAUUGUUCUGCAAAACAUGGUGGGUUUGUCACUAUAAUUCCAUUAAAUUACCAAUUUAAAGAAAAUAGAAUUAUUCUCCAAGGAUUUGAAAUUCCUCCAAGUAAUGUGCAUUUAAGACAUAAAGAGAAGCCUUAGAAAAAGUUUUGUUUGAAAUAUGAUAAAAAGUUUGCAUAUUUGCAUUUGUUUGAUUUUGCAAGGGAGAAUGACACCAUACAGUCCAUGAAUUAAAUUGUGGAUGGGGAAUGUGGGUUCUGGGCUUUAAACCCAAAUAAAAUAUCUCGUGUCUCAAUCUUCAUGUUUUUAGGAAUUGGCAUCUCUGCAGUGUUUGUAUAGGUAAUAAGAUGAUUUUUAGUGCAAUUUGGUGUUAAUAAUCAGGAGUAAAUUUUUCAAAGACCACCAAAAUAUCACAGAAAGUCAUAAGAGAAGUAGUUUUGAUGUCAUUUGUGAUUUGCACUCAUAUUACAACUAUGCACUUGUGUUAAAUUAAAAUUGCACUUGUUUUCAGCCAAUCAAAAGCAUGUUCAUGUUCAUUGCUAGCAUAGAUCUGAUUACUUUCAACCAGUUUCAAGUUACCUGACUGUUAGCUGUAGGUUUACCAAACCAACAUUAUUCAUAAUGCAUACAAUUAUUACAUAAACUACUUGCAAACUAAUUUUCAAACCAUAUUCCCAUGCAUAGAAAUUAACUUGCUGUUCACUAUCUGACUUUAAUUAUAGGUAUAGAGUCAUAAUGCAAGUUUGAUAAAAUAAUAAGGGGAAAUUAGAUAUUUUGAAUAUUAUUGAGUGGGUUUUCUAAGAAAAGCUGUGCAAAAUAUGACAUGCAAUUAAAGACUGCCACAAUCUCUGAUAAUCUGCAGAAAAAGUAAAGUUAUCAUCACUGUUACCUAAUUGUAAUCAUUGCAUUUUCUUAAACCUGUUACAUCUUGACAUCAGUAUGCAUAUUCUUAAUACUGUUCAUUAUAAUAGUGUCAAGGACAAUUUUUUUAACAGUUCAGAGCUUCUUGUUGUGUUGUUGUGAUAAUGUUUGGACAAAUUAGAUGCUAAUCAAUUUACAGGAUUAAUAGUUAGUUAGCAGAAAGUUAAGGUUAAAAAUGACUCAAGUAGUGUGAUCCUAAAAUUUGGAUUUGUCAAAACCUGUAUGAAGGCAUUCACUAUCUGCCUUCUCCUGGUUUUGGUCUGCAACCUUUCAAAGGUUUUGCAAAGCUGUACAGUAUACCUCUGUUUGGUUUAGAUAUUUUACAGGAAUUUAUUCUCAGACCCUAUUUGCUGUAAAACUGUGAAACCUAAGAAUAUUAUUCCUUUUGUCUCUGUAAUUGUUGAUUGCACACAGGGCUAAAAACUUUGAUGACAGCUAUUUUGAAAAACUCAAUUCACUGAACUGGAAUGAAAAACAGGCUGAAAACCAAAAUAUUAAGGUAGGGAGAGAACUAUGGUACAUGCUGUGUGAAUGAAUUAUUUUUUUGGAAUGAGAUGUUUAAAUAUAUUUGCCAAUGUUGUGUCAAAGCAUGGUAAAAGUCUAAUGAUUUUGGUAAUUUUAGUAAAAAUAUUUGAUACUAUGUACAUGCGUACAUAUGCAGCCAUGACAAACCUUUAGCCUAUCUCACUGAAGAACCAAUUCCCAACAGCAACCAUCAUCUACCUUUCUGUAGUUUUCAAAGACAAACAUGAUGAUUAACUGUUGGCUGAUAAUUCUUGUCAAGUGUUUGAAAUUGAUUUUUAGUAAUUCUUCAAUGAGAUGCUACGUGUGAAACAGUUUUGAGAUUGGUUUGCAACAUACUUGGUUACGAGUUAAAAAUACUGGUAUGCUUUCCGUUGAUCAUAUUCAAGCAUUAAAUUUAAGAAGCAAUACCAGUUAGAUGUGAAAGAUGUACAUGUAUGUGCAAUUUGUGAUCUCCUCUUAUAGAGACUCUGUAAAUUGUAGAUUGUGAUAGUGAGACUUCUAUAAAAUUAAUAAACCACAAGUUUUUGUCAGCUAGUUAAUGACAGAGCAGAUGUUUGAGGGAACCAGUUAUCUACUAGUGGAAGAAUUAAUUAAUUGAAAUGUACUGAUGGUAGCAGGCUGUAGCAAACCAGCAACAGCUGACUAACAUGCUCUUUAUUGCAACUGCCUUAUGAAGAAUUUAAGUUGAAUCAAGACUUUUGUCAAUGGUGACUCAAUCUACACCAUGAGAAAAACAAUGAAGUAUUCAUUAAUCAGUAUGGUAUUUUAACUGCUCUUGUAUUUGAUCAUCCCCAUAGGUAGAUUAUAUUAUUUUAGUCACUACUCUAAACUUCUUUGAAUCAAUCCAACUUAUAGUGCUAAUUAAAAGGUGGCUUUUCAUUGUGGUUUGUAGGACACAGUCACUGAUGACAACCUUAAUCAAUCAGAGGAAGAUGAACAAAGUGAGGCAGAGGUGUUAUCAUCUAUUGAAGCUGAACCAACUGUAAAUGAUAAACAGGUGGAGUUAAUUAUGUAAUACACCAAGAUUGAUAUUUUAAUUCUGUGAGUUGCAUCAAAAUAAUGUAGGUCAAAGCAAUUUCAAAAUUUUUAUAAAUAACCUGAGUUGGCUUUUUUUCAAAUUAAGAAAUGGGUCUUCAGUCAAAUUCUCUUGAACCACAUAUACAAACAUUUAUUGGACAAGAUUAAAGACAAUCAAUCAAUCAAUCAAUGAAAAUGUUGCUUAGACAUGUAGCAGCUAUAGGAGAAUACACAUGUAGCAAUUACAUGUAGGAGAAUGUGAUUGAUCAUUCAGGCAUUCAGUUUUUGUAUGACUGAUUAUAGAAGAAUAAAAAAAGUAACAAGGUCAACAAGGGCAUAAAAUUAAUCAAAUUAUAAGUAAAAAAAGGCAGGAAUUAAUAUGAAUAAUCUUCACUGAUGUUCAGCAAUUAUACAGGCACUUGUUCAUUACAAAUGUUCAGACUGAAAUUUUCAACACUGGUAAGAGGUCUUGUUACCAGCUAUUUUUAAAGAGGGCUAUACAACACAUACUCUGGAUAAGCUAAUAUAUAAUAAGUAGUGUAUUCCAUUUUACUGGCCUUGAUGUUACAAAAAUAAAAGGAAUGAAACACUCAAGAAAUGGGGGCACGUAUGCUUUUUAAAGACACACUGCACCAUAUUUUAUCCUUUAAAACAAAUCAAAGUUCUACAUGAUUCUAAACAGGAUGUAGUAGUUUAGUUGUAGUACCUGUACAUGUGGUAAUUUUAUGGGUGUUUGGUAACUUAAAUUUAUCAACUUGACAAGAUGUGCAUCGUUUGUUCUUCCAAUAGCGAGCUGCAUUGUACUGUGAACUAUUGUAUACUGUCAUACACCAGCUCGGAGCACGUGGCAAGACAUCCUCUCUCACCCCUGGAGAUUUAUUUGUGUAUGCUCAGGAGGUAAAAGAAGACAAUAUGUUUUAUUAUUAAUAACUGCUUGGGUGAUCAUAGGCAAUUAUUGGAUGACUUUGAGUAUGAAAGAAUUAUCCUGAUUUGUAAUCAUGAAUUAUCAAUGCAGAUGUCUAGAGGUAGAUAACACAGACACAAGGUUUGAUUAUUCAUGAUAUCAUGCAAAAAUCUAAUUCAAUAAUUGUUUUAUACAUUUUCUAAACAAUAUGUAAAAAGGGACACUUCUCUCUGAGUCUGCAAAAGUUUGAGGACACUGAAUAGACUUGGUGAGGCUUGGAGACCAGGCAGACUUUAAACUUGACAUGAUUAUUUAAUAUUUGCUGUGGACAUUGGGUUAUUAUGUCAACUUUGGGCAUUAUUGUAUAUUUACUGUAUGCUCUUGACCAAUCAGAGUUUUAAUUGUAGGUCUAAGAGAUUAUCAUGCUCUGAUUGGUUGAAGCUCACAUUAUACCAUGCUAAAAUCGCCUCACAUGAAGAGAUAAUAGAAGGGGCACUGAACUUCAAAAUGGCUGCAAACAAUUGCCCCAGCCAAGCAGAAUUUUUCACUGAACGAUUGCCCCAGCCAAGCUUAAUUCUUUAUUGAACAAUUCUUUGUUUGAUCAACGAAUGUUAUAGAAUUUAGCAAAGGGUUGUGGCAAAAAUGUCGAGACCCCCCUAGAAGCUAAGACCCCAAAAAAGAAAGACCAAAAAUGUAGACCCAAAAACAAAGGUUCUUGCUGGAAAUCCAGCUGUGGUUUUAAUCUUUCUAAUGGUAAUAGAGCAUGCACUCAAACAUAAGUUUUACAUGUAUUCCUUUAAUAGGCUAUGUUGUAUACUUAAUUACCAAGCCUUUGAUUUGGAGUGAGGUUGAAAGCGACCUUGUUGUGACAGAAGCUAGUACCUAGUUAGCAUAAUAACAAAACAAUUUACAUUUGAAAAGCAGCAAAAUUGUAUCAUAACAAGGUCACCCUUAGCCUCACUCCAGCUAAAAGGCUUGGCAACUAAACACACAACUAGAUGGACUAUUCUAUUCAUUUUUUCACAUUGAACUAAGUGCCAGCGAGAAUUGUAUGAGAACUGAUGGAUUCUUGUCUCCUUAUUUAGUCAUAAAAGGUCUUCAUCUUUGGAUGCGGUACUAUAAUGGGACUUUUCCCCGCUGAAACAAUGUCAAACAUUGACUGGAGAAAAGAAAGAAAUGUCUCAGUAAAAACUGUUCAAAAGAAAGAUCACAAAAUUUUUAUUGCUGAGCCCUGUUUAUUUAUUUGGAAUUCAACAAACUUAAACGCAAUUUAUUCCAGCAGAAACUUUUUCCAUACAAGCCUCAAAAGACCUCAAAAAUAGUUCUCUAGAUAAAUCCUGAAAAUUUAACAUCGGUGUCAGUGACCACAUACAAACACUGUUGUGAACAGAUCAUGCAUAACACAUCACGAAUUGAUUCAGAAGUGCUUUAAAUGAACUAAGAAUUCAAACAAGGCAAAUAGCGAUGUUUUGCUAGCCCCAACCUUUAUAUCUGGCAAGUUUUGGACAAAUCAGGAGAGCUGGAGAGCAUGCUCUUUUCAAAGUUGGCAUGUUAUUUUGAAAAUAAGUUGUCUUUGCUUCUGGGUCUUUGUUUUGAUUUGAAAACUUCCUUCUAUAUGCCAUUCAUUCACAAAAGUGGACUGUUUACCUUUAAACUCGUCCAUAUGAAUUUUAAAUGAUGUAUUUAAAUUAUUUUUUCACAUCAGGCCCUAAAAAUAUCUGAAGAGACACAUCGAAUGCUUUAUGCCAAGACAAAAGAAAGAGAAGUAAGUUGGAGGAAAUUCGUGUUCUGUUAAUAGUAUUUUAAUAAAUUAAUGAGGAUACAAGUCAGGUUCACAAUCAGUCAGCAUUAACCUCGAUGCAAGUAGAUAUCAAGAGGCAAAACCUAUAAAACUCAGCUAAUAACAGGUCUUAGUCUUUGAAGGUAGGAAACUUGUUUGUCGCCAAAGGUAGCUUAAAAUUUGUGAAAAAUUUUCAUUAUUUCUUUUUAAAUCCACUUGUACUUGACUUUCAUUUUAAUAUCUUUUAGCCUCCAACGUGUAUCAUAAAAGUUGAAGGUAACAUUUACAAUCAAUAUUUGAUUUCUAUGGCUCCUUUCUAUGUGUUCCCUCACCUGCAAUAUUCGGUCACAACCAUUACACUUUUCAGUCAGAAUGAGUUCGAAGACUCUUGACUAAAUUAAAAAGGAACUAAACUGGUUUUUCUCUGGUAGAAAUUGAUGACCUCGGUCUCUGGUUGAUGAUAAAUUAGCCCUAUGUUAGUUAAGAUCUCAUUAGUAUACUGGGAAUAAUAAGGGUCAUAAUAAUGUGAAUGUAUUUUCAAUAUACCACAAGUUUUUUGCAGCUGAUAUGAUCAAUAGUUAACCAUUUACACCCUAUCGUCAGUAUGCAUAUUCUCCACACUGUUCUUUAUACAUUUCCUAAGGUACUGACAAGGAGAAUUUGUUUGCCAAUCAAAAGUUUCCUUCUCUGGAGACCAUUUACUUUUUUCUCAUGACCUUAAUGUGCGAUUCAGGAGUGAUACUGUAGGGAGAAAUUAGAUGUUACUCACUCUUAGGGUUUAAAGGGUUAAGGGUCAUUAUUUCAAUUCAGAAAUUUCCCUUUGUCUUAUGUCUGCAACAAAUUGAUUACGCUUCUCCCAUUAACUUAAAUUGAAAAUACUUUUACACUUAUGACCAUUUCAGUUACUCAGAUACCUUUCAAUGUUUUUAUUUGAUUUAGUUGUUGAGGCCAGACAUCUGGAGGCAAAAGAUGCAGAUGGUAUGAAACUUUAAAAAUUAAUUCAAGUACUGCGCUGAUUUUAUUUUCUGUUGCUCCGGAGCUAUUUACAUUACUGGAAAGGCACUAAAUUUACAGUUGAUAUAAAUAAAUGCAUAAAAAACAUAAAAUGCUAUUCAAAUUUUCUUAAUAUUCCAAACUGGAGACAUUUCUAGAGCAUUUUUUAAUAUUUUUUUUCAAACUAAAACAUGAAAAUUUAUUGAAUUUAAUUUUUCUUCAGGUUUGAGUGAUCCCUACUGCAUGUUAGGGUUAAUAACAGAUGAAAAGGAAGAGGAGAAAAUAAAGAAUAUCAGAGCACAUCGUAGGAAGUCUAAGAGCACAAUCCGAGAGGUUCUUGAUGGCGAGUCUAUGCAUAUGACAACUGUGAAAGAAAACACUCUAAAUCCAGUAUGGAAUGAAACAUUCAUGAUGUGAGUAGCAAGUGCCAUCUACAACUUCAUGGAAGCUUUUAAAGUUAUUUUUUUUAAUAAAAAAUAACUCUAUGUUAGCGUAUAGAAUGGUAUGUUGCUCGCACCAAUCAGAACGCCGCGUUAGGGUAUGUAUCUCGCACCAAUCAGAUCGCUGCAUUAAGGUAUGUAUCUCGCACCAAUCGGAAUGCCGUAUUUGGAUAUCUUGCACUAAUCACAGCGUUUGGGUAUUAUGUUCUAGUAAAUGAUGUAAUGGAUCAGGGGGCUGUGCACAAAGAAUGACAUUAACCAGAAAUUUUGGGCUCAUUUGUUGAGUGUAAUGGUUUGUAACCUUCCCGAGAGCCUUGUCGAUUAAGGUCGAGAUUUAUCGGGAUAUGGAAGGUUUGCAUUUACAUUUUUAAGCCAGAAAUGCAAAACGCUCACGCCAAACAACUACUAUUCCAUUACGUACCAUAAACAACGUCCAAGUCCAAUCAGGACAUACCCAAUCAUUGCACUUCAUGAAGAUUAGGCAAUUUUUCACUUGCUUGAAUUGUAUUUCACCAAUCAAAUUCCAUUUUGUCACAUUAGACUUCGCUCUAUCACGUGUCAUUUUCUUGUAAACAACCUGCAUUUUAUCGCCAUUUGAACCCUCUGGAAAAAAUCCACAUGGAACUAAAUGCUAGUGGUAUUGAAUUUUCCACGCAAUUCUCCCGCGUUUGACUUUUCUAUGAAUUAAAGUGGUUUUAAGCUACCUUUGACUUAACCCAAUUACGUGUUCAUUCCUUGUAAAACUAGACCCUGUGAGCAGGGUAACUGGGAUACCUGGAUGGUACUGGAUCCUUGGAAUCAAUUGUAGUGAUACUACGGGUGUCGUACUAGUAUACUGAAAUAGUGAGCUCAAGUCUGGCCAAGGGCAUACACCUACUUCAAAACAUAGGCACGCUAUGCAUGCAAGAGUUAUUUUUUGUAGGGUGGGUGGAUUACUUGAAACAUUGUAAGUGGUCUACAUUCUUAUAAAAGGAAAGAAGAGUAUUAACGCGGAAAAGAACGAAAAUGUCGAAUUACCUCACACACAGGUAUUUUGUGGUAGAUUAUGUGUGUUGUGCGAAUAAAUGUAACCAAAAAUAAACUGUAUUGAUACCACGGAUACCUGUUAGUACAAAAUGCAGACAGCAGACUGCAGACUGGAUACAAAAUAUAGACUGCAGACUUCAGAGUGGAUACAAAAUGCAGACUGAGAAUCUGAAGAGUUUCUACGUCUGGUAUAUAAUAACAUGCCAUCUUACAGCUUACCGAGCUAAGACAUUGGCAUUGCCAACUAAGACAUUGCCAUACUUGGCAUACAAGGCAUACAAGGCUUUCAUGGCUUUCAAGCGUUCGCGACUCAAUCCGUUCCAAAAUUACCGCUCAAUAACAUCUUUUAGUGUGGAUUGGCCGCGAACAAUACGACUUGUGUAUGCGUCUGUAAGCAUUUUGAGCGUUUGCGCCAUAAUGCUCUAGGUGACCGUAAUCCAAACGCGUUCAAAUACAAAACGACCGACAAAAGAGUUUUAUAAGCAAAAAUCUCGUGGUUCGUCAUGUGACCCGGCCCUGUCCUUGCAUGACAACGUCAAUCAUCAUCAAGAUAACAUGCGUGAUCAGCAUGUGAACACCUCAUUGGAUCACAGUUAGUUGUCAUGGUGUUGAGGGCCCAAUGACCUCUGGGUACUAUUUCGCAAUUUUUCCACUUUGUGGCGGAGGAAAAAAAAAGACGACAAAAAAACAAAGGCAUUUUAUGACUGGGCUACCAUAGGUAUCCCAGUAACAACCUGCAUUUUAUCACGUAUUUCAUACACAGAGGGCAACCAAUCAAGGAACCUUCUUUGAAAUAUUAUCCUUUUCUCUUGUUCAAUGUAUCUUCACUUAUUCGAGAUCGCCGAAUUCAUCUUUCGUUAAGGUCUAUUAGAGGUACAACAGACUUUCAGUUAUCUCUUCGUAGUAAAAUCACGCGGAGUUAUAUUUUUGAGGUAACUAGCAGUAGACGAAUAAUUUUGAUUUUCUCUGUUGGAAGAACGGCAGUAAGAGAAAUCUCUUUCACAACCGUUUUUUGGUCUCGUCACGCAACAAGCGCUCUCUCUCAAACGAGAUAUAGAGGGCGUUGUGUGACGAGACCUAACAAAGGCUGCAAAGGAGACAACAGUAAGCGUGGCACCGAUGCAUUUCAUUUUUACUCAGAAAGAUUUAGACAGUAGAGACAAUAGAUCACAUAAUGUCUGUGUGAGUUCAGAUAAACUAUGGUUUUUUUCUGUCUUUCUGCGAUAUUUCCGUUUUUGAAAGUUAUGCUCUUUUCUCAUUUAAUACACAAACUGUUCCAUCUCAACCCACCCAGCCAAAAAAAUUAUUCUUGCAUGCUACGCAUGCCUAUGUCAUAUAUGAGGGAAUCACUCAAAAUUCACCUUGAAGCAUGGAAUCAUUAUAAAGCUGAACUGAAUGGCUGAACUCAGUAACAAUUAAUGUAUGAAAUUUUCUUAUUAAAAAAAAUAGCAUGAUCAUUUAGAACACAAUAAGUACCUGUACCUGUUUGCAUUUCCCCAAAUUUCUUCCCUUUCCAACUGUUGGCUUCACAAAUCACAUUCAUGGAAUUUUAACAACAACAAAAAUUGAAAUUACAUUUUACAAAUUAAGGUAAAUUUUGUGAAGUGGUGACCUGCAGGCAAAGCAUCGUUAAAUUUCAACUUCCUUCUGUUGAUGUUUUAUUUCCUCUUUGAGCACCAAAUUGUGCAAAGAAAGGGCUUCUCAUAACCUAACUGUUACAGUUAUUUAAUGUUACGGCCAGUUACAUUGAAUAUAAAAAUGGUGGCAAGCAAUAGAAUCACUUUCCUUGAUGUCAGACUUCGGGCGAUAAAUUAAUUUGCCAGACACUGACAAAUCACAAUAUUUUGUAUUGGGUAAGUAUAUUUUCUGGAUCUCCGAUUGUAAAAAACUUCACAGUAAUACAAUGCCCUAUUUGCAGUUUUGUCUUGGCUUUUGCAGGAAGGUUACCAACUCACAAGAAGAGAAAUUGCAUCUUGACAUCUGGUGAGUACACAAUGUAAAUAUUGCUCGGACUCCCAUUUAUCCUACUGCUACUCUAACUAAAGUAUAUAACCCACCUACGCUGGGGAAGUUAUUAAAAAAUACAUUUUUGGUUAUAACAAUGAAACUUCUGUAGUCUGGACAUUUUAUGUAUGGUAAAACAUUUAACAAGGUUAUGUGGAAGAAAAUUUUCCUCUCUUUGACAUUUCCUUUGGUACUUAUAGCUUUUUUUCUCUGUAGUACUAAAAGAUACGCUGUGACUAAAUACCCGGCAGUCGGGCACGGUCUCAAAUAGACUUAACGGGGGCAGUCACAAAUUUUCAAGAAUUUCCGCCGAAAGUUUCUUUCAAACGUCUCGGGAAUACCUAAUGUUUGUUUAGAAAUAUCAAGCGAUUCCAAAAAUUAACAUGGAAUCACUUGACAUUCAUUAAAAAAACAUCUGAUAAUCUUUAGAAGUUUGAAAGAAGCUUUCGGUGGAAAUUCUUUGCAAAUUUCCGACUGCUAAGCAUUUAGUCGAUUUGAGACCGUGCCCGGCUACCUGGUAUUUAGUCAAACACUACAGCUGCAGUACUGUGCAAAAGUAAUCCAAAAAUUCGUCGCUAAAUAUCGCGCUUUGUUCUCUGAUAUAUCGCCGAUAUAUCGGUGAUAUAUCGUGCAUUUUAUCGAUUCUUCAAAUCUUUCUGGUGAUAGGUCGCUACAUAUCGCGUCAGCGAGUUUUUUGUUGGCGACAAACGCAAGUCUUUCUUAUCUCUUUCAAGCUAAAUUUGCUAACUCACUUUUUUUAUUGUGUUAUAAACAAUUUGCUUCUGUGGUCUCAUUGCUUCAGUAUCAUUUACGAUAGCGUAGUCAAAAGAUAAUCGUACUAAAAGCAGCAAAUGUUUUUUUUUUGUUUCAAAACAUUAAGUGUUGAAGUUUUACAGCAUUAGGGAACGAAGCAGACCACAAGGGAAAUAUUUAGAUUGAAAAUUUAAAUAAAUGACGAUAGGUUUAAUACAAAUAAUUUUACUGAAGCAUUGAUCACUGCCUCUAAUGGUUAAAUAACAAGCACAUCAACGUUAAAUAACAAGCACAUCAAAGGCCAUGUGUUAGCUAUGCUUUAAGCUUCCUGUUUGAAGUCCUUCAUAUACACGUUGCAGACAAAUAAUAGAUAUUUAAAGGGCGAGCCCAUAGUUGCACCACGGGUCUGUGAAUAGAACUUUCCUUGGGGGAGGAAAUACGUAUAUGUUCAUUUGGGCAUCAGUAAAAAGUGUGACAGUCACUCCAUCUUCAGUUGAGAAAAGAGGUUCUUCCUGCUAGCGUCUCAUUGUUGGUCAUUCAGUGUAUAGUGCUUUAUCUUGGAACGUUAUUAAAACGUGAGUAGAUACGAAGGGAAAACAAAGUAGGCAAUAGAAUUUCACGCUCAGUUAAAUUGCAAGCUUACGUACGGUAAUAAAAAUCAAACACAGCGAACACUCAUAUAGUAUACAAAGUUCAGUGUUCAAAAACAAAACAGAACAAAACAGAAAUGAUGACCAAAAUAUAACCAAACUGGCAUAACUGUUAAAAUUCAUACUAAUCAUGACGGUGUCGGAGAUCAUGAUCAUGAUCAUGCUGAAGUCCAUCGCGGCUCGCUCAUCUUGGCGAUCUCCGGUCAUCGCAGUAAAGCAAGCCUCAGAAACUACAUCGGCUGCCCUUCGAGUGAAAAAAUAAGAGCUUGCUCUGAUAUCCUUUCCGAUGCGUUGUGGAAAGUCACUUCAGUCAAUGCAGCCGAGUUUUGAGGCGCUGUCAUUCCGAGCGAUCUUCAUGUUCCGGUGAAUUCGGCUGUCGUUCAUUCAAAAAACACUCGCCUUGAACAGUUUGUUUUCUACCUUGUCAUGUGAAAAACUCGCGUGUUUUUAUGAGCCAUAAUUCGGCUGAAGUUCCCGACUACGUCUCGUGUCUCUCCCUACACUUCUUUCGUGCUCUAGCCGCUUCCUGCGUGCUUUAUAGCAGAACAGAGCACAGUCAAGGCUUCUCUAUUUGUUAAAAAAAAAGUCUUUGCAUGCAAGUGUUUUUUGGUCUGAUACGGAUCACGGGGGUCUCGAGGUCUUAGCCACCAAGAACCAUUUGGGAUGCAAAUCUCACAUUAGGAGUCUUUGGUUUUAAAAAACCGUAUUGCACUCAUCGAAUUAUGUCACUCUCGAUUUCAGGGACUGUGAUGACAAGGCAUUACUUAAGGAAGAAGACCGAAAACUUUCAAAAAUAAGAGGGAUCUCUGGAAUGGGAAGGUGAAAUAUGAACACUAGAGUCUUUUUCUUACCCUCUGUUCAACUUUCUUUCAGAAAUCUAAGUUUAAAUUUUACUUGUGGGUUGAAACAAUCAAAUCUAACAGUUUUGCAGUCAAAGAUGCUAGUAAUAGCUUGGCCAUUUGGCGAUUUCCCAUUUAUUUCUCAUUGAACGUAGUGCACUCUGCCACAUGUUAAUGUGGCUACACACAUGAAACUGAUUAACAAAUUCUUGAAUAAGUGUGGACACCUGCUCUUCAGACUUAGGGAAAGAUUUAAAAAAUUGAACGAUUGUAAAAAGGUUUUUUUUCUGGGCAUUUUCUAAUUUCUUCAGGAGAUAUUUAAUUGUUGAAGGAAAUGUUUCUUAGAAAGUGUGAAUAUGGGUACUGCAACAUCUCCCUUUACCUCAGUGAUUUUUUUCUUUACAAUGCAUACUGGUUACAUUUUCAGACACUAGAGACAGAAAAUGUAACUAAGAAUUGUGUAGAAAGAGUCAUAUUGUUUACCAGCAGGCUGUGUGUAGUGAGUCUUAAGGUUAGCGAGUCAAUUGCACGUCCUAAAUUUCUUCAUAUACUCUUGGGAAUUGCGACAUUAUGUGACACUUUACAGUUAUUCAUCUCAUCUGUUGAUAGGUUUUUCAAAGAUGUCAUGCAGUCAGCUCGAAAAUCAGGAGAGGAUGGCAAUACUGAUGAUUUCCUCGGAUACAUUGAAAUACCAAUUAAGGUACAAAUCAGUCCAAUCCAAACUAUUUUCUUUAUUACUAUUUUAACAAUAUUUAUGUAUAAUUAGACAGCGGAUAAGGAAUAGAGAGCUGCAAGAAAGAAAAAUAGAGAGAACAUCGCGGCAGUGGUAACUGAUCGAAAAAGAGGAAUACAUCCCCCUGCAGUCUAUUCCUAAUUACAUAUAAUAAGUUGAAUUACACAAACUUUGACGCUGUGAUUGGUUCUCACUUAUGAUCUGUUAGAGGAAAGAUACAUAGAUGACCUCACUAAUAACAAAAGUUUGCUUCUAUAGCUAUAAAUAUAGGAAAAUGAUAUGUGUUAACUGCAGAUUGAGAAAUAAAUAUAAGAUCGAUCUUCGCAGUAAUGAACAACAAUUAAGCAGAAGUUUAAAUAAGGCCUCAAGAGAAUUCAGGCCUGCACGGGAUUUGAACUCAUGAACUCUGCAAUACCGGUGCAGUGCUUUACUAACUGAACUAACAAGCCAAGUAGAAGCUGGUCGUUAUGUUGCUUCGUAAUAUAUACAAAUAAAGCAAUAUACAUUACCUGCUCUCUUGUCGGUUUGUGGAUGUAUCUUAUUUUGAACACACCGGAAGCACUGAUGAUGUGUUACCUUUCAAAAACUCAUGAACUCUGCGAUACCGGUGCAGUGCUCUACCAACUGAGCUAACAAGCCAAGUGGAAGCUGGUCAUUAUGUUGCUUCGUAAUAUAUACAAAUACAGCAAUAUACAUUACCUGCUCUCUUGUCGGUUUGUGUAUGUAUCUUAUUUUGAACACACUGGAAGUACUGAUGAUGUGCUACCUUUCAAAAUCGUCAAGUUGGACAAAGUUAAGAUUUGUUUCCAGCACUCAGGUCGCAUUUUUUAACCGCUCAAAUUCCCUACAGCCAUUACCACCCUGCAAGUACGCGCAGUAAAUGUUCUAAAAUAGUUGUCUAUUGUAUCGACUUGUUAAAUCAUUGUUCAGUUCAAAGUUCAGUUAUUUUAAUGUGAACUGUCUGGUAGAUGAUUUUUUAACGCGUUUUUUCCGUCCAAUAUUGGAUUUGCAGCUCAUAAGCAUUGGGUACAAUCUCUUUCAGGAAAUUCCAGCCGCUGGCAUUGACGAGUGGUUCAAGCUUAAAGGACGUUCUUCAAAAUCUCACGUGGAUGGUCACUGUCAUCUUAAAAUUACCCUUACUACUGGAAAGGUAACUUACCGAGGCCCUGUAAUUUCUCUUCAAGGCUGGCAAAUUGUCAGAAGUAAAGAUUUAAAACUAAAAUCAAGGAAGCAUUCACACAAAUUGAAAAUAAUUACUGAACUUCGCACAGACUCCGUUUUUCCCCUUUUCCAUUUUGGAUUUCUUUGUUCGAUUUGUUUCCAUUUUAACCAAUUUUAAUGAUUUUUAAGUUAACUACUCCUGAUUCGAUUAAUAAUGGUAAUAGAACUGAGCGGAGUCCAGUCCAGUCUGUAAUUAUAGGAGUGAUUACCAAACUCGGACGACCGCGAAGCGGGAGCCCGCUUUGUUAAUUACGAGUAUGAUUACAGACAGCCACAAUUGGACGUCACGAAGUCCAGUUACCAAUUAAUCAAAACUAUGAUAAAAUUUGAGAAAGAAACUAGACAUCGGUUUACGUUUUCACAAAAAAGCAACAGUUAACUCGGUCAAAUAUGAGACAACAGCGUGUACAUGAAGCGUUCUGUCCACCUACACAGGCAUUUCGUGUUAACUGUCCUAUUACACUGUCCAGUUACAAGCAUGACGCGUACACUGUCCUAGUAGUCGGCUCAAAUCGGGCUGGUAUCUGUCUGUCGGGCUAUAUCUAAUCACGUUCGAGAGUUUUGUAAUAGUUUUGAUUAAUACGGUAAUUGCAUUAUAUUGUUUUGCCCAUUCUCUCUGCCAGUUUGGCAGAAAUUCAUUCUCCAACAAUAUUUCUUCCGCAAAGUUACGGUUGGAAUGACCUUUUCAUAUCGAGUGAAUGUGGUUGAACCUUUAUACAAUAAAAAGUUGGAUUGCAAGAGUUAGAAAAAAAGAGAGAAAAGAUCUAAAAAAGAGUGUUAUUUUUAACCAAAGUCGCGAAGAAUGUUGCCAAAUGUAGCCAACAGUCUUGUCGGUCAGAUUAAGGGAUAUAGCGAUUUAUUACUUAGUGAGUUUAUGACACCUUUUGUGCAGAGGUGCUAGAUACUCCAAUGAGAUGGGAGAUGUUAUCAUUUGUGGCUUUACAGCACUUGCCAUAUGAAAGACUCAUAUUUGAAAUUAUCAACUCGCUUAAAAUUCGCUUGUUACCCUGUUUAUAAUUAUAAUAAUACACCCUAUAUAUAUUGCUGAGAUGAUCUUACACUCAUUUUUAUUCUCAAGAAACCUGACAUUCCAUAUGAAAUCAAGCAUCUUUAUCCAACAACCCUGGAUAUCCAUGGUGCGCUUUUAAGAGAAUUUAUUCGUUAUGGCUGUGAAAACUACCAGGUUAGCUUUAAUGAUAUUUUUCUUCCUUUAUAAUCAAUUUGUAGUAAUGUAAGUGUAAGUCUUCAACAUGAGCCACUGGCUCGGGGGAUUGGGUAACCACCCCCUACGUUACCGACGUAAAAUAAAUUGUAUUGUAAUAUCAGUGUGUAGUAAUGCAGUAGCUGUGGACUGAAUUAUAUUCUUAACACACGUAAGAUCAUGGAGAGGUCUGGACCUUUGAAAAUGCUUUGCUGCUGUGAUGUUAUCGCGUUUCAGAGUGGGUGGCAUGGCCCCACCUUUACAGUCACGUCGUAUCCUUUUAGUAAUUACACAUUGAAAUGAGUUAUUAAUAACUGAAUUUUAGUUUUGAAGAUAACGACAAUGGUAUCGGCAAUUAUUAUUAAUGAUUCUUACAAAGAUUUAGAUGAAAAGAAUGAGUAAAGUGAAAUCUUUGUUUUAAGUAUUUUUUAAAGGAAGAAUUACAUUGUGAAUUAAAUUGCCCAUAAAACGAGCUGUAUUUUCCAAACGAUUGAAAUACGCUUAAAAUAAUACCUUAAUUAUCCAAAUGUUUUGGCCAAAUGAAAGGUCUUACUAUUGAUAUUGUUCUUUGAAAAUUGGAACGCGUAUAUGUUGUGCGAAACGUCUGUGUUUGAACUUUCAUAGGACACUGACAGCAAACGAAAUUCAACUGAGCUCUGUCCACAAGCGGAGUUCAUUCUUCAUCAACAUGCUCUACAGAAUGAGUUAAACGAUCUUCAACAAGUCAGCAUGUGAGUUAUUAGUUGAUUUUUACAAUUUAUUUGCCUUAUUCUAUUUCUUCCCGGCACAAACGAAUGAGGUACCAAGAGAUGUUCACAUGGGAUGCAUUGGUCGCUAAAGCAGAAUUAAUACGAUUAUGUAAUAUAAACAUUUGCUAGGUAGUAAAACCGACCGAAGGGUAAUUUUUACAAGUGACCGUGUAAGUCUGUGUAACUGAAAGAGUAAUUCCCGCAAACGACCGAAUGAGUGCAUAGAACUGACAUAUUACUAUGUUUACAACCGAUCGAAUUUGUGCAUAAAACGAGCAGAAUAAUUUUUUUGCAACCAAAGGGAUUAGCCCGUAUACCUGUCAGAGUAUCAAGACCAAAUGUGUGGGAGGCACAGCUUGACGCGUGAAGUUUAGAACUGGGCGACUAUAAAUGCGUAAAGACUUAAUUUUACAACUGACUGAAAAGACUGUGCACAAUUGACAGAGUGAUGUUUCCAAGUGUCCUUUAAGUUAAAAUUAUCACUAAUAUUUUUGUUUACAGAAGAAAUGUGAUAUGAAGAAGCAAGUUUUCAGAUCACUUAUUUUCAUUGAUUUAUUAAAUUUUGACAUGUUUUUAGUCGCUGGAUGCUUUUCAGUCACCAUCACUGGCUUGAGCCAAUGAAGUACAGCUCUUUAAACGUAUUAGUGAGCACUCUAAAGAAGGAAUGGAAAACUGGGGCACUCAGCCAACCAGAGGUACAUGUAAAAAUGAGUGUAAGGAAAACAAACUUAGAACUGUGGAACUUAGGUUUAGAGAUGCUUUUUUUUCUAGGAUGAAUUUCAAACUAGUUUCAAGCUCUUUACUCAGCUGAACCCGGACUAUUAUUGGUUGUAGCUGUGAUUGAAACUUUUAAAUUAUUAUGCGAUAACCUGCAUCUUGCUUCUACAUGUUUCAGGAACAUUCAUUGGUCAAGUCGUUAAAGAUAUUUACAGAUAACUGUUGGAGGUUAUUGAUAAAAUAUAGAGACGUUUUCCCUGCCACAGAUAAAGGAAAGCUCAGUCGCUUGAUAAAUUUACUGGAGUAAGUUUAUCCUACCAUACGAGCUCACCUCAUUUUUCCAUUAUAGAUCUUCUUCCUGGAUGCGGCCACAACCAUUGAUGUGCUACGUUUCUUUUGUUUGUUUGUUUGUUUGUUUGUAGGUGUUUGUCAAAUUUAUACAAGCUCGAAGUUUUCAAGAAUUCAAUUAAGGAACCAUUGAAUGUUCAAAUGUCAAAUCUUCUUAAGGUGAGUGAGAGCAGCAAUUUAUCCGUUUUGGAGGGCAUCCUCUGAUAAGUUUUAGGUGCUAUGAAAAAACUCAACCUUACAAGUUUUGAACUUCUUUAAAGAAGCUGACUGGCAACUGAUAACCUUUAAUUGUACAUAUGUUGUUUACCCCUCUGGGUAACUUUUGAUACAGGAAUCAGCUCUUGCUUGGUACAAGAAAGUGUAUGCAUGGAAGGAGCCUCAGACAAAGGUAUGUUCCCCAAACUUUUGAGCCUUGAUUGUUGUACUGUUUUAUCCUUCUAAAACCUGCCCAUAGCUCGUUAUUUUGGGGGUUAUCGUUGGUUGCGGGGCAAAAAUUGUUUCCGUCAAAAUCACACAAAUUGCGGACUUAGUUCAAAACCAAACGAGUUUCGUCUGGAUCACAGACUUUGCCUAAGUAAAGAAAAAGGUGCGUGCCCUUGGCGCAGUAAUGUGCAAAAAUAUAAAGCAGAGUCAAACGCAGAAAAUAUUUCAGCCUUAUCUAAAUAAAAUCUAGGCUCUUUUGUCAAGGUAUUCCCUCCUAGAAUAAAGACACCAACUAUGCUCGCCGUGAAUUCCUACUCCUUCAUCAAAGUUCUCUGUCACCAACCUGAUGGAGAUGCAACGAGAAGCAGGAAAAGGGCAAACCCGUUUUCAUUUAUUCGUUGGGCGUGUCAAUCCUCAAUUCCACGGACAAGGAUCAGGGUUUAUUACACAAUUACGAAACAAUAAAAAAAAACCGCCAGUUUUCGGCAGUUUCGCGUAGAAGAGGAGAGCUUGAAGCUAAUAUUGACUUCGCAUCCAACUGUCACCUGGAACUUCAAUUUACAGUCACUAUUAUUAAACAGAACUGAUGUUUUCGGCCAAAACUUAUGCAAAUUAUCAUGGGGUUUGAGCUUCCGUCCUCUUUUGUGAAACACUUACUCAUAUAAAUCUUACUUUCGAUUCUUACUAUUCUCCUUACUUUUAAUCCUGAUCACGCAAACGUGCCUAGCUUGUAUCUAAUUUCUUCCCCCGUGUCGACUAUGCCUUCUACUCAAAACGUAGGUUUGGUUAACUUUGCACUUUGCUUGAGACUAGUAAUCGUCCUGACGCUCAUCUUGUAAGUGGGAAUCGGACAGUAUUCUUCCACGCGUAAGCCUUCUAUGUGAAGGCGCAUCGCAAAUUUUUUCUUGUGUUUAUUAUUAUUUGUUUGUUUGUCUGUUUCGAUGGAAGAGACCUCUUUUCACUUCCAUCUAAUCUUUGUUCUAUCAUUCUGUGGCUUCAACUCACUAUUCCUUGAUUUCAUGCUUUCACCUGAUUGUAUCUCAUUAUGUGGAAACCCUAGGGCCAUCUUGUUAGCUAUGGGACGCGUUCACGUUGUGAUGAAUGCCAAACAGCCAUUCAUGGCUUAUUUUCUCACCAUUAUUUUUCAUAGUAAGUUCUGGUAGCAUGUGGACAACAUGUGGCUUCACUGUACAUGCUUUGCACACAAUAAGACAUGUUUUCCGAAAUAAGUUGAUUUUGUUCAAAAGAGUGCUUGAUUACUUGUUCAGAUGAAAAAUUUGUAUACGGGGUUUUGACCAUGCUAAGAUUUCGUUGUAAAUUUGACUACGUUUAUUUUUGCUCUUUAGAACGAAGAGGCUAUGCUAUCUGCUAUGGUGGAUGUUGCUGAAUCUCUAGUAACAGACAUGUUUCAAGCCAAGGCCUGUUACAGAAAGAUAUUCGCAGUGUUAGUGUUCAUUGAAGGUUUAGCUGCGAUCCACACAACGCAAUUUAUGCUUUUAAAGUGUUUGUAGUGGCUCGUGGCAAAGUUAAGAUUUUGAAAUCUGAAAACCGACAACCUUGGGAAAUGCAUAGAGAGAUCCAAUUUCAGUUGACCGAGAACAUGCAAAGAAGGUUUUGCACGCCUUUCCCCCUUUAAUGUUCGGAUCAUACUGAAACGCAAACUUGUGUCAAUUUGAACGGUUAUCUAACGUCGUGAAUUGGGUGAAAAGGGCCAGAAUAGCAAAAUUUUCUAAUCCUUUUUGCUACGAAUCUUUCGUGCGAGAAUAGUCUCUAGUCUCAAUGAUGUGGCUACUGAAAGUGAAUGGAGGCGAAUGAAUGAUACGAUAAAACUAUCGAGGGGCCAUUUUGAAGAAACCAAAAACAUAAGUUUCGACUUAAUAUUCUACCGUUCAGUUAUGUUUUUAUUUUUUGCACCAGAACGGGAGUGAAGUAUUUCACUACAGUUUACAACCAGUUGGAAUUAAUGGUAAGUGAUGAAAUUAUCCUUUUUCCCAUUGUCUUUUCAAAAAUGUUGUGGUUCUUGUUAUUUAGAGUUUGGUCUCUCGUUUGUUUGUCUGUUUGGCUAUAUUUUCUAUCUUUAAUGAUUAGGUUAUCAACAAAUUGAUAGAGCAGGAUCUGGAGAAGCAUGAAAAAAAUUGUAGCAUUUUCCGCUUCUUCCUUUCAGUUUCUCAUAGAACGUAUUUAAUGUACGAAGAAAGUGUCGAUGACACUUAUGUUUUGCGCGUUGUGUCAGGCGUAAAGGGGUCGACUCCUAACUAAGGUCACUGCUAAGUAUUUUCCUUUUUGCGUCCAGAAAUACUUGGGUAACCCUUUGGUUCAGAAAAAAGUGCCGAAGGUAUCGUGAAAUGUUCUAAUGUUAUAUAUUUUUUUGUUGGUUCUAUUUUGUUUAGCAGGUAAUGUAGUGUUAACAACUGAGUUGAAAACGUAAAUUAGCCACCGUAAAGGGUAAAAAAGCCGACGUUUCGAGCGUUAGCCCUUCGCCAGAGCGAUUGGAGGAAUUGUGGGUUGAAACGUCAGCUUUUUUACCCUUUACGGUGGCUAAUUUUCGUUUUCAACUCAGUUGUUAACACUAAAUUACCUGUUAUACUCUCCCACCGACGCAGCACCACAGUUCCUUUAGAAACUUACCCCUUUAUUUAUCUAUUUUGUUUAGCUUGCAUCUGAUGUUCACAACACUAUGGGGAAUGUCAACAAGCGUCUUAAACAGGAAGGUGGCGCUGACAUUGUUGGAGAGAAGCUGUUUUCAUUAUAUUUGGCCGUGAAGGAAGUCAUUAGUUACCGGAGCAUAGGAGAGUCAAUGUAAGAAAACAAAUUAUCGUCAGUGCUCUAGAACUAGUACACUGACACGCUUUAAAGUGCUGGCAAAGAAAGUCCUUUUUCGUAAACUUAAUCGCUCUUAAAGUAGAGCGGAAAAUGAUCUGUGGAAAGAUCGAUAGCUUUAACUCUUUGUCUAAAAAUGGCCCAAAUCUUGUUAGCUAAAUUUGUUAUCGCGAAGAUGUGAACACUUCUGAUACUGAGACUGAAAGUUAUAAAGGACAGCAAGAAGACCACAGAUAAAUAUAAACAAACAAAUAAAAACAAUACAAAUAAAGAGAAGAUAUCUGCUAUAAACACUCUUCUUCGCUUCAUUGAAGUUAAUUACAUAACAAAUGAACUAAAUUAAUCCCACUUGCCCCAGAACUUUUUUCUUUUUUUUUCUAUUUUUUUUCAGUUUAAUGAAAACUCGUGGUCGAAUCGAGAGAAACUUCCAGUUGCUUCGACAAUAACCUGCCGCUAUUGAUGCUGAUGUAAUAUUUCAAUUUAAAUGUCCUCAACCUUUCUUGAGCGGUCUCCCUUAAAUUAAAAGUUAUUUAAAGUUCAAUACAUUUGUAUUUGAAGAAACAUGUUCUGUCUGAGUUGCUCGCACCCUCGAAAAUACCUUACGGUGGAAGCCCUUUGAACAAGCAUGGUCCGAAUGUCAUAUGAUAAACUAACCUCUAACUUGCUCGACCGUUAUGAGAAAUGUUUGCACUCGGCCAGAAACAGGCCUUUAUAACAAGGUUCCAUAAUCAUUAUGUUUCAGGCCAGACCAUGUGUAUGCCCUGGAUGACUAUCAUGGGUGGUUCAAACAGUCUGUUUUACGUUGGCUCGAUAUUGCACAAGUUAAGGCCAAAGAAAGAAUUAAAAGAGCAGUUGAAAUUGACAAGGUAAGUCUAGAGGGUUCAGUACCGUGUUCCUUUAUAUUGAGGCUAUUUAAUGUGGAGUAAUAGAAAUCCAGGACUAAGGCGAAUAAAUAAUCUUAGUUUUUCUGUACCUCAAAGGACUUUUUCUAUCCUUCAUCCCUCUCGAGCACGUCCCCUCUUUUGCAUAAUGAUGUUACUUCUACCAGUUUUCCCAAUGACAUAGCGUCAUGAAUUGAACAAUUAAGUAUUAGCUAGAAAAAUAGCGACUAACAAAACAUUUUCUGUUUGAUGAGAAAUUGUGACGAGACAAAAGUAAAAACAGGGCUGAAUUGUAAUUGUUCAGGAAGCAGUCAGUAGUUAUCUAGCCGGUCAUCGAAAAAAGUUUUGUCAACCAUUAUGGGAAUUGUCUCCGGCGCCGUGAGGCACAUUUCGAAACAAGAAGGUUACAUCAUAGGACAGAAAAAUCUCGCCAUUGUUUGUCAAAAAAACCGACAGAUGCCCGUUACCAUAUAUUGUUUAUUUAUUUUAUUGUUUAUUUUAGCCAUGUUUAAUUAUAAUACAUCAGUAGAAAUAAAAGGAAUUACUCAUACAGUGAUACAAUAUAAUAUGAUAUAAUAUAAUAUAAACAUAAUAUAACUAAAUAUAUUAAUUGUCGAAAAUCCUCAAUGGGUUGAUGAACCACCAUACCUUUACCGGGGGAAACUUGCCGGGGAAUCGCAAGCUUCAAACUUCGAUAAAGGAAAAAAAAUUUUUUUUAACUUUGAUCAUUUAGAUCUUGAGGAUUGAUGCAAGUGUUAGUCAUUCAACUUCAGCCAUCGAUGGAGUUGGUUGCUUUUACCAGGUAUAUGAACAGAGUUAGGUGUAUGGCUUGUUUCUCUCUCCCCACUUGUUUGCUUCCUUCUUUUUGACUGACUUUGUCGCUGUACAUGUAAAUCCAUUUUUGUUCCUCUUAGAUUCGAGAAUUCUGGAAGAAGUUGGCUUGGCCGGACCCAUCUGGAUCCUACGUGUUUGUCAUGCACAUCACCAACGUAAGUAAGAUGCCUGUAAACACUUAUUAGUGCACUUCACCGAGACGACAUGAUUAGAAUAAUACUGUAAUCCUCUUUCGGGAGUUUAUCAAAUGAUCUCUCUGAUUUAAAAACAACGUUUAAAUGGUAGGUACCUAACUUUAUACAUAAGUGACAAAAAAUGAAAUUUUAUACCACAGCAAAUUUGUAGCAGUGGAUCAUACUACGCUGAUCUUCUGUUCGACAAGAUGAUUAAAAAUAACUAUUAUGACAAGGAUCCUUCUCAGUUUGACGUCAGUGAACAGGUAUGUUCAACCCGAAUCUCUGAAUAGAUACGCUUCUUUUGAGUCAUGUGCUCUGAUCAAAAGUGGCCAACAACAAUAUUCCUUCUUUUUAUCGCUUUUCAUUCUAUCGUUAGCUCUUUUUGUCGUAUACUCUCAAAACUGAAGGUUGGCAAAUUAAUUUCUUUGUCGCUAUUGUGAUGCCAAUGAACACUAUUCUAUGAAAAUAACGCUUCAAAGAGAAAUUUUGAUAACUUACAAUAUAACUUGAGAAAUUUGAACAACCUGCACUUCUUUCCCUUGUAUGUGGUAAUCCUUGUGAUCAACAAAAUAAGUUGAAUGACGAGGCAGCUAACUUCGUGAAACUUCAUAGAUAGUCCUUUUAAGUAUGACGUUUUUGUAUUCUCUAUUAAAAUCUCUCAGUUAUGUGUUACCUUGAAUAACAUUGAAUACAUGAGACUGUGGUUAUCGAAACUGCCUGAGAAGCUGGGCUGGGAAGAUGUCAUUAACGCCUUGAUAACAGCGCAUGGUGAAAGAGGUGGAAAGCAUGCACGCUCAGCUCUGGAAAAUAUGCUAUGUAGUGCAGACGACGACAUGCUUAAUAAGGUUGCCGAUGCUAUUGAGCACAUUGGACAACGGGUUCGUAUACAGUGGUUCAUUUUAACUUUAUACUAGUAAAAAGGUGUGUUCUUUCUUCUUAUUCAGCGCGUUUGUCGCGCUUGCUCAAAAGUUUACCAGGACGCGUGAAAGGGCCCUUCGCGCUUCCUUGUAAACAUCCCGUCAAGCUUUCGUCUUUGAGAUAUAUUCCCUUGCGCUCCAUCAAAACAGUGCCCUUUCUUCUCUAAGAAUAUAGUUUUGUCAGUGCAUUCUUCUCGAGUUUUCGCUAUCCUUUUGGUUCCCCUCGUUCAUAUGUAUUUUUGUAUUUCGUUUUUAUCCCUGUUCUUCUGGUAGACUCUUGUUUUGCUUUGAUUUUUUUUCCUUGAUAGAUGGGGGUCGAUAUCAAGAGAUUUGUUUUUCAACUGUGCUGUGCCCCAGAAGACACGCCAGCUGAAGAAGUAAGUUUCAUUUAUGAAGAUUUAGACGAGAUGAUGAUUAGAUCCUCAAAGGGAUGUUUCUCAGCGUUCGUGUUAAGUUGUUUUAAUCAAGCCACUAACCCAUAGAGUAGGUCAAUAACGAGCUCCGUGUCUCCGCAAUAGUGACAAAAGCAGCUAGUUUGUAGGGGAAAAAAGACAUUUUCUUUAAUAUUGUAAAGUGGAUAUUCAUAGCUGUCAUAGGACGCCCUGAUUUUUAAAGCAUCCUCUUGAAAUUGUUUAGAUCGCCAAAAAUGACAGCGAGGAUUAUUUCAUCGUUUGAUUUACUUUCCGCCGUUUUUCUUUAAUGUUUUCAGAUUUACCGUUAUGAUUCCAUUUAGCUCCCGGGGCGAUUAUUUAUUAUUGGUACCUCAAGGGGGGAGGGCGCUUAAACGAAACAUGGCGCUUAUUCCUUGUUCAGGAAUCAGCAAUUGCAGUAAGAUGAACCGUGGUUGAUCUCAAUGUACACGUACUCUACCGGUGCUGUCACUGAAACAGGAUAGGGUCGCUUAUUGGUAUAUGGGCGCUUACUGGAAUGAGGAUGCUUUAUCAAAAGGGGUACUAAUUAGAAUCGGGGCACUUAUUAACAUAAUCAAAUUCAAAGGAGGCGCUCAUAAUCGAGGGGCGCUUAUCUGAACGAGGACGUUAAAUCGAAUCAUUACGGCGCAUUCGUUGCGAUUGCGUUCAUGGAAAGAAGUGAACGACUAUUAUUUCGAGCACCUAUCCGUUAUUCCAGUGGAAUUUUAUUCAAACGAUAUAUUUUGAUUUUGCAGCUGCAACAUUCUUGACAAUUUGUUUUGGCUCUUUCAAUCAGAAGCAUAUAAUCUAGGUUACAUGCUUCUAAUCAAUUCGUGGCGUGAAAAUGUCGUCAUAGCGAAUUUGGAAUAUUGAAUGUUAUGGCUAAUAUCAACUUGACAAUUUUUUUGUUGUUUCACUUUAAGGUUGUGGUUCCUUUACUCAAAUACUUGGACGAUGAUCUCAUGGUUCUGAAUACAAGCGUCGUCAAAUCUGUGUUUCACAGGUAAAAUGUUCACAUCCAGAUAAACUGCUUCAUAUCUGUCACUUCUCGUGGUUUGCAUACGGCAUGAAUUAAGCCCUUUACAUGAUCAUUGGUUUCGCAAGGCCAAAAUUACCCUUUUUUUGGUUCUCGUCUUAUUUGCAAUAAUGUUGAGAACGUUCAGUUGGAUAUCAAUCCUCAGAGCUUAGUGUUUAAGAUUAUGCAGCUUGAUAUUUCGAAGGAAUUUCGUUUCUUCCUUUAGUGUUUACUCGAACCAGGUGAAACUUGGACCAAAACUGUCCAAAUUGUCAUCUUGACAAAACUGCAAAGAAGCUGCAACGCCAAUUCUCGUUUACCAUCCUAGUUCAUUUCCUUGUUGAAUAUGGACACUUUUGAACUAGUUGAGAGUUAUUCGUGUUCUUGGUUCACAGAAUUCUCCAUUUCAUUUGGGAAAUAGUGAUUGAAAACUUCAGUAAUGGUAUUAAAGCCAACGGAGGGGUAAGGUCGUUGAUGAUACAUUACAAUUUCCUUCUAUUUGUUUGAUUUAACAUGUUUUGCUAUGAUUCAGUAAGUUAUGAAGAGUUAAUUAUUCUUUUUUCAUAAGAGAACUGCGUCCUUCUACCAAAGACAAUGCGAAGCACUUGAGGUGAGACUCUUGGCGAGACGUAAUCGUGUAUCUCUUGCCUCUUUUGGAGAGCUGGAAAUAUCUUGUGAAUUUAAUAAGAUCAUUUUGUUAUCUUCCCGUUAACAUUUCGUCGCUCGGUAAUGUUUGAGAUACGCUUUGAGAUAUGCAAUUUCUUCUCUCGUGCUCAACUUGUUACGCGUAUAUAAAGUGUAAACACAGCAAAGAGAAAUUCCAAAACUCCAAUGACUCAAGUAAUGUUUUUUUGUACAACUUUACAACUGAUUGGAAAAUUCUGUCUUUUGUUUUUAGAUAGUGCAGAGUUUCUUUUACGCCGAUGGAGUUGGGGUUCCUUUGGAACGUUUGCAGCUGGGAAACUAUAAGGUAACGUUGAAAUAUUUACAUGUGGCAUAACAACAGCUCACUUUUUUACUCUUUAGUUCAUUGCAUGAACAUUAAGCGAUUUUUAUCAUUUGUGCAAUCAGAAUGGUUUGCUAUCUCGUGCUUAUGGACGCUACCCCUUAGCGGUUGAAUAAUCAGUAAUGUUGAAACCAGAAACCGUUUUUCUUAUGAGGCUUUUCCGACAAACCCGCAAACAGUAACCUACACUGAAGGUGUUACCGAUAGAAAAAAAACUUCAGACCAAGUCUUCUCAAAUUGUCCCAAAUGUACUGAAUUCUUCAUUGCUGAAUUCAACACGAGUAAGUUAUUUCAAAGCUAAUGUACUUUAAUCAACUGAGUUGAUAACGUAAACUGGCUACCAUAAAUAGUUUCUAAGCCGACUUUUUGGGCGUUGGCCCCUCGUCAGACCCAUGACGAAUGGCUAACGCUCGAAACGUCAGCUUAGAAACUCUCCACGGUGACCAUUUAAGUUAUCAACUCAGUCAAUAAAACCAAAUUAACAUGUUAUGCUCCCCCACCGACGCCGCACCAGUCCAACCAAUCUGUUUUAGUCUGGGUACAGCCCAGAAUACGACUCAACUUUUGGGGGAUUUUUCCCUUAAUUGGAAAUUCUAUAAAUGUCGUGACUCCUAACUUUUGCACAGGUUGUGCUCAGUGUUUCAAGCGAACAUUGUUACGUUUAUUUGAGAUUCCAAUUCUUCACACUUUUUAGCCAACUAGUCUCAGCAUUUCCUUUGUUUCGGAGUUGUUAAAGAACAGCCCAUAGAUAUUGCGAGCUUGCAAACUCACGUGCACUCUACAUACUGUUACCAUAGCCAUAUCCACUGGAAACUCAGGACUUUUCCCAUAACAUUUUGUCUCGCCGAUCACUCUUGGCCCACGGAGGGGUUUUUGAAGAUCGCCAUCAACGCCAGAAAAGUGUAGCAAACGUUCCCAUAAGCAGCUACCUAUUAAGUCUUAGAGUAGUCGCAUAAAUAUCUCGAAACGGGAAAGUUUCUUUAAGAGAAUUUCCACGCAAAAAUUGUUUCGUUAGAUUUUGGUUGAAACCCUCGCCUUACGCAAGAUGUCCACAACAGACUUAAUCCAACACUACUUUGCCGAGAGGUGUGGAGAACAGGUACAGUGAAGAGCCUUUUAGAUAUUAUUCUCUCUUUUUGAUACAUGAAGAAGUAAAAAAAACCUCAAAUUCACAGAAAAGCUUUACUGUGAGAGAUCGUUUGUAUUUUGAGUUUUUGCCACUGUUAUGGAGCUCAUUUUUGCUUUGUUGUGGCUUCUUUGCAAGGAAACUGCCGAAGAGAAAUAUGGAGCCGUAACAUUUAAAGCUUUCUAUGAUUUUAAUAACCAGAAGCUUCAAGUUGAAGGUAGAUUAUAAUAAUUUUUUCUUUCCUUCUCAUUUAAAGUCAUUUUAAUCUUCGCCUUCCUUUUCGGCUGAAGGCGAACGCUUCUUCAGAACAGAGAAAAACAAGAAAAACUAUUACGGGUCAAUAAUAUCCCAGUAACAAUAAUAAUUGUACACAGUGCCUCUCGAUACGUUUUAAUCAGAUUCGAAAAUUUUUUUGCGUGAAAAUAAAUUUAGUAAGCUUCCACUGUAAUAUCAAAACAGUGAGAAUCUGACAAACCAAUAAUUUUUUUCGCACUUGUUGGAUACGACAUUGGUUACGUGUCUUUGUCAUCUCACAUCCAAUGCGCAUUUUUGGAAUAUUUUUUAAUCAAUGUAUUCUCUGUAUAUUCAGUAUCAAGAAACUGGUGGCCUCCUUGACCUGACCAAGGUUUUAACGUUUCUUAGGCACCCUCUGGCUCUUCACCAAGUCAGUGGCGGAUCCAGACCUUGAGCUAAAAGGGGAGGGGGGCGGUUUUUUUGUCGCUUGCCCUGUCAGCUUUUCUUCCGUCCAAGAUUCUUUUUUUUUUUUACCCAUAAGGAGGAGGGAGGGGAGAGGCAGGCCCCCGGGUCCCUCCCCUAGAUCCGCCACCGCAAGUAUCAGCCCUAGCUUUCUGCUGAUACUCAGUUUUACCUAGGAGUGGAAAGAGGCACUUUGAGACAAGUGACAUAAUGACCUGGUCAGGGUAGAACCCGAACCUGAUCUGGUCCAGUGUGCUAAAAACUAGAUGAGCCCAUGCCUAACAAUUGAUUUGUUAUGAGCAGUGCAAACACAUUCUUUCUUCUUACAGUGCUGAAUGCAAAGAACCUUCCACCACUAGAUACUAACGGUAAGUAUACCGAGUUUAUCUGGACGUUUUGAAGGUCCUACAUUUUGACUUUCGAUGUUAUGCUGUGACUGUGUAGUCUCCGCUUUUCAGUACGGAUGAAGAACAGCGAUGAGAGGUAAUGCCUAACUAAAACCAACCUCUCAAUUCAAAGUUCAGCCAAAGUCACUCACUUAAUUAUCCAAAUAAUACCGAAGGAGACGAACUGUAAGUAUCAGUGAAAUAGAAGAGUGUCGUCAGGACAAAAAGUUUGUUUAUUGAAAAUUUUGAGGUUUUUGCUCGAUAAGCAUUCAGCCUUGAGCUGACCACGUGAAAAAGUAGCUUUUUCAGCCAGUAACUUCGGUUAUUCCUGUUUGGUAUCCAUUGUUGACUUUACCUUUACUGCUUUUAAGCUGUAAUUAAAAUUAGUAAUUGUAAUUUUUUUUUUCUUUUUUUCUAUCCUUUUGCAUCAGGGCUGUGUGAUCCGUAUGUGACGGUGGAGCUUUUGCCAGAAGAUUUUUACGGAAAGGAGAUGAAAAAAACGGAAAUCAUCAAGAACACUUUGUUUCCACUUUUCGAUGAGCAGUUCGAUUUGUAAGUACAAUUAUUACUUGAUUUGGUGUUGAUUUUACUGAUUACUGCCAAACACUUAGGUGUCAAAUUCCCUCCUUAAGUGAUGUUGAGCCGGAGUUGCUGAGAGAGACUGGUUCCUGUUUACACUUGACCGUUAUGGAUUAUGACGUAUUUUCAAAUGACGAUAUUGCUGGUCACGUGUACUUCAACUUGAAUAACGUCUGCGGUUUGCGGGAAGUUGUGGAAGGAGGCUUUUCUAACGUACCUCAACAAACACGAAAUAUCUUCCAUCCUAAGCCUGGAGGCCGGUACUUUGAAGGUAAGGAUUAAGGAUUGCAAGACUAAGGUUUUGUUUUAGAAUAGUAUGGGGCAAAACUGAUAUCUUUCCCAUACCCAACAAAGUUCCAGGCCCAUAUUUAUUCGUUGUUUCCAUAGGUGAUGGAGAUAAUUGCGAGUCGCGCAGAACCUAGACAUCAAGAUUAGAAAUAAAAAUCGGUUGAUCUUAUGCACUUGGUCUGAUCUUUUAGGGAUGGUGUCGGUGAAAUUUUUGCCUGAAAACGAUUAUGACAGGGAGCUUAAGCGCAAAUGUUUUUGAGGCAACCGAAAGUUGAGAGUUCUUAUCCUUUCACCUUUUAUGACAGCAGCGUUUGGUUUGAAAUGUAAUAGUUGGACCUUCCUGCGGAUCUGUUAAGCCUGGUUCUCACUAGCGACUUAAGCACAUGCGCAAGCACAAGCGCAGGCACAAACGUAAGCUCGAGGUAAUCAUGCCGAGUGAAAACGAACGUCGUAAAGCAUAAGCUUAAGAAUCAUAGCACAAAAUUUUUACUAGUAACAAGGCUUCGUUGAUCUCGACUCGGCCGAUAUGGCAGCAGACACCUAAAAGCGUCGAGUCCUGUUAUUUCUUCUAUUCUUGCGACGAAGAAAGCGAAAACGGUUACAAAAGAGGAGAAAAACAAAUGCCUUUGGGUUAGGGAUCUUUUUUAAGAAAGGAGAAGCUAAGGUGAUUUUUACAACCUCGUGGAGGAGCUACGACUUGGAGAUCGUGAAUAUUACUUCAGGUAAGCUUAUAUACAGAGAUGGAAAGUUUUAAAAUAUUCAAUAUAAACGGGUAAACUUUGUAUGUUUACUUUACUCUCUGUUAGCUCCAGAAAGUUAAGGUGAGCUUUCUGUUUCCCUCAGCUGAUUGAAUGAAAUUCAGUUCUAUACAAAUUGUCCAAAUUGUCUUCACUGAUGAACUGUUAUUUUAGGCUUUUACCACCUUAAUUGUAGAUACUAACGCAUGAGCCCAGAAAGAAUAUCUGUUGACCCUGGUUGGCCCCUAAUUUCCAAGAAGACUACUAAAAUGAGAGAGCCUAUUUCUGCUGCAGAACGCUUAACCCUCAAUGGGUAUGAUCAACAAUCAUUAGCUUUCAGUUACUGCCCUGGCUAGACCACUGUUAGCCACAUUCUGAGAGAGACAUGCGGUGCAAUUUGGAAGGCCCUGGGAGACAUUUAUGUAAGACCACCAAGUUCGCCUGAUGACUGAAGAGAAAUUUCAAAGGAAUUCGAAGACCUAUGGAAUUUGCCUCACUGCGUUGGUGCAAUUGAUAAAAAACAUGAUAGUAUGAAGUGUCCAAAUAAAAGUGGAUCUGUAUAUUACAAUUAUAAAAAUUCUUUUAGCCUUGGCAAUUUGUGAUUCUCACUACAAUUCUACUUUGGUAGAUAUUGGUGACUGUGGGGAGAAAUUUUACUCUCGAUUAAUUACUCCAGCCAAGAAAAAAAGUAUUUUGGAUAUAUAGUUUCAACGAUUCUUUUCGCUUCUCAUCUUAGAAAAUAACAUAGAUUGCAGUAAACUGGCAACUUAACGAAACAUUUUAGAAUGAAAAAAUUUAAGAUGUGAGAAAUCCUGAAUUGAAAGAAUCGCAUCCACCAUUGGUCUUUACAUUUCACUAAGGAGGAAUUACAAAUCACUCAUAUUACCUUUCGUCAUGCCCAUUUCCUUGCCAACUUGAGUUCGCGCUUGUGUUUUUCGUUUUUGUCUUUAAAAUCUUUACACCCCUUGUCAUACAAGACUCGAUAGUAGCGAACAACCUCGAAAAACUUUUUAUCAAAGUCUAAAGCGAUGUCGUUGAAAUGCUCAGGCGUAGGGGAAAACUAGAGCAAGUGCUAUAAUUGGCCAGACAUAAUCAAAGUAGACUUCCUUGCGCUUGUUCGGCGGUUUGUUCUCACUCGGAAUACGCGAACACAAGCACAAGCACAAGAAAAGGUAAAAUUUUUUUGAUCCUUGUGUUUUAGCUUGCGCUUGUGUUUAAGCUUACGUCGAGGCCUUUUUCACGGUGAAAUAAGAACUGUUAUGCUUGCGUUUGUGCUUGCGCUUAUGCUUGCGUCCCUAGUGAAAACUAGGCUUUAGCGUCAAGGCAUGCCAUAAUCAAUACCAUUCCUAUCCCAGUAAUACUUCGCGUCUUAAAACACCUUUGCUUAAGUUCUUUAAUGUCACUUUCCUUACCAAGGGGUUUUUCUUUUCAGUUCUCGAGUCACGGGAUGACGAAAAGGCUCAACGGUUUGCGAAAGCAGAGAUUGACUUGCACGAGAGAACAAUCAGCGCACAUGCGUGAGGAACCAGGUUGGCCAUGACGCAACUUCAGUCUCUGUCUUGUUAAGAAUUUAAGCAAUACUUCGUCAUUUAGCUCACUUGGCCUGCUAACUUUCUGAGAUUAACGAUUUCAAAUACCGUUGUAAAGCACGCAGGAAGCGGCUAGAGCACGAACGAAGUGCAGGAAGAAACGCGAGUCGUAGUCGUUUUACUUUCAAUUUUCAAGACAAACUUUAUUUCCAGAGCAAACAACUGUGUCGUCAUCAUGCUCUAUUCUCUCACAAAGUACGUCACAAUAAGCCAAUCAGAAUUCCUGUUAGAAUGGUUCAAAUAAUCCCAUUGGCUGUACAAGACUGAAGUUGUCAA